AUGGCCUCCGACCUCGUCGACGAGGUUAUCGAGAUGGGCGACGGUUUCUUGUCGGACCUCGUCCAGAAGGUUGCGAUCACCUGGGAGACCAAGUGCUUCAACGCCGCCACAACGCUCUUGGAGGGAAGGAUGAUCGACGUGCAGGUGCCCACAGUGAGUCUUCCCUCGCUGUCCCAGCUGAAGGCGGUCUCCAGCAAAGCCAAGGCCGCCAGCAACGACGAAAGCGAGGAUGAGUCAGUUUUGGACAGCCUCAAAGGCUUCAUCCAUCAGCUGGCCACGAAGGCGAAGGAGGAAAUACAGAGCCACGGGGAGGAAGCGUUCAAAGAAAUCAAGGCCGAAGUCACGGAGAUCGUGGAAGAUAAAGUGAAGGAUCUGAAGGAGGACUUGAAGGACAAGCUCGACGAGAAGGUGCAAGAGAUCCGGGACCAGGCUGAGGCUGAGCUCAACAAGGCGAAUCAGGCUGCUCAGGGCACCCUCAACGGUGCGAAUCAGGCUGUCCAGGGCGCCCUGGGAGCCGAGCUCAUUAAGGAGUCCGACGUAAAGCUGCUCUUCGAGAAGAUCGAGGACAAGAUCGUGAAGAAGAUCAAGCAUCUUCCCAAGAAGUUCCCAGACCUGAGGAAGAUCGGCCAGAAGGCAGCCGAGAAGUCCUACGAGGCCGACGCCAAGCAUCUGAAGAAAGAGCUGCAGAAACAGGCGGUGAAGAUGGCAAAGGCCACAGCCAAGCGUCUCGUGAAAGCAGCGGUGAAGAAGCUCCUGGAUGAUCUGAAGGGCCGCCUCGUGAGACUGAUGAUUGAGGUUGUGAAGGAUAUGAUGGGCCUUGGGAGUGGAGAUGAUGAUAGUGGCUCCGACAUCUUUUCCAGCCUUCUGGACAUGUGGUUUCCGGCCACCUCGGCUCUCAUUGCCACGAACGGCACGGUCGGCAGCGCCGGCGGCUUCGAUAUGUUCGCCGAAGCGACGGACAUGAUGUCCGACGGCAGCGUCCAAACGAGCCUCAUGGCCAAGGUCACGGACGCCGAGGCGGGCAUGGAUCUGGAGUCUGCCGCUACAACCACCGCAAACAGCAACUACAAUGACAAUCCGGACUCAGACGCCAUCGUCGACGCUCGCAGAAAGGUCAACGACAGGUCGAUGAUUGGCCAGGCUUUGAAUUUCGGGAACAUCAGUGGCACCGGCAUCUGCAGCACACCGAACGCGACAGCUCUGCUCCAGAGCCCAGACCUCAUGACCCAGCUGACCAGCGUACAGGACCAGCUCCAGAGCCUUGAGGACAUGCCGAUGGUCAAGUCCUUCUAUGAUGCUGCUGAGACAUCCUGCGAGGUGUCAGAGCGUGCGCAGGACAUGUUCGACACACUUGACGAAAUUCUGGAUGCCGCUGAGACCGUCGAAGUCUUUGCGGCUGGCGGGAUGCUUGGCGGCGAUUAUCCUGGGAUAAUCUUGGCCAGAAGCUUCGACCAAAGGAAGGUCUGCAAUACGGUUUAG